AUGAACAUCGGCACAGGCCAGCAGCAAGUGAAAGCGGCCGAGCCCAUGGGAUUUCCUGUGGCUCCUGCUUACGGAAAUCAGGAUUAUCCACCUGAUAUGAUCAUAUUGCUUCAGAAGCUCGAGGAGGACUUUGCCAAUAAAACCAUCGAUCAAUGGAGCUACAUUAACCGACGUGAAGAGAUCAUAAAACUGGUCAAUCGGCUCAAAGAGAAAAAGAAUAACAUCCAAUUGCAGCCAGAACAACUUGAGGACAUCUUGCUCCCCAGAAAGCUGCUGGAUUUUAAUACUUUUGCUAAGCAGUCUCUCAUGUCUAUCUUGAGGGAGAGAGCCGCUGCUUAUAAGACUGAAAUGGCCUUCUUGGUGCUUGACUCUCGUGGCAAGGAGCUGCACACCAUCUCGUGGGAAAAGCUAUACUUGAAGUCUGUCAAGGUCGCUAACGAGUUGAAGCAUCGACCUCACCUCAGUCCCAACGAUCCUGUAGUUCUUUUCUAUAAGGACCUGGACGUUUGUGAGUUUACAGUUGCUCUCUUUGGAUGUUUCAUGGCCAACUUGACUGCAAUUCCCAUCCACCAGGAUAUUACCUUGACGGAGAUGUUUGACAUCAUCAAGUCAACUGGUUCCUCACUUGUGUUAAUGUCUGACUCCAUUUACAAAGAAUUCGAGAAACUCAGUGCAGUAAACCAGAUCACCUGGCCAUCUAAGGUUUCCCGUCUUCGAACCACUGAUUUGGGUUCUGCUCGUAAGUCCGAGCAGGAGAACGUUUUUGGACGCAACAAGAAGGAUAUAGACAUCAAAAAUGACUUGGCGUACGUGGAAUUUUCACGGAGCCCGGUGGGGGAAUUACGUGGAAUUGCACUCUCCCACAGAACCAUCUUGCAUCAGAUGAAUUGCUUGGAUAUGUCAUUGCUGAGUUUGCCAAAUGCUGGUGAUCCUCUCAAACAACCAGUUGGGUCUGCUAGAAGAUCUCGACGAGUAUUUUUGGCCACUAUCGAUAUUCGAAUCUCUAUUGGUUUAAUCAUGGGUAUCAUGUUCACGAUAUACUCGGGAAAUAUGCUAGUCUGGGCGCCUCCAAAGGUAAUGGAUGUCUCCGGACUUUAUGCCAAUAUUGUCUCCAGAUGUCGAGCCAACCUUCUACUUGCCGACUUCUUAGGCUUGAAAAGAGUAACUUAUGAUUAUCAGCAGAACCCGAAUUUGACAAGAUACUACCUGAAAACUCAGAGAGUGGAUUUCAGUACAAUUAAAUGGGUUCUCAUUAAUGCACUCACCGUGGAUGGUGAAUUUAUCGAUGUCAUGACUGAACGAUACUUGAAACCUUUAGGUUGUCAGCACGCACGGAAUGCUAUUAACCCUAUCCUCACACUUAGCGAGUAUGGUGGCAUGGUAAUCUCAACGAGAGACUGGCUUGGUGGCACUGAAAACUUGGGUCUUGACGCAUCCAUGAAGUAUAACGAUGAAUUAUCUUCCGUUAUCAUUGACAAAGAGGCACUUUCGCGUAAUAUUGUAAGAGUUGUGGAAACCAACCCUGUUGAGUCCGAUGACCAUGGCUCAGAUACCUUACGAGUUGAUGCGUUUGGUUACCCUUUACCAGAUGCUACAUUGGCCGUGGUCAACCCAGAGCUGUCCACUUUGGUAUUCAAGGGUGAGCUUGGAGAAAUCUGGAUUGACAGUCCUUGCUUAUCAGGAGGAUUUUAUGGCCUCAAGAAAGAGUCAAAACUGAUUUUUCAUGCCAAAUGCCGAGACGCAAAUGGAAUCCUCGAACAAGAUUUUUUGCGGACUGGUCUUUUAGGAUUCACUUUUAAUGGAAAGGUGUAUAUUCUUGGUCUUUAUGAAGACAGAAUCCGCCAAAGAGUCAGUUGGAUGGAUCAGAAACAUUUCAAGAGUCUCAAUAAGGAGUUUGUGGUUGACUCGGGAAGAAGGUACCAUUACUCCUCUCAUUUAUUGGCCACAUUGGCUAAUGAAGUGAAGGAGGUGUAUGAUUGUACCAUAUUCGAUAUCUUCAUUGGCAACGAAUACUUACCGGUUGCUAUUGUGGAGGCUGAAGUGAUCAGAAAGGUUCUAGACGAGCCAGAUACUAAUAAUCCUGGAGGUGUCAAGUCAAAAGACAAGUACGACUACAGUACUAGUCCACUUAACGAGCUGGUCUUGAAUGCAAUUGCACAAAAAUGUUUCGAUACCUUGCACAAGAGACACCAGCUUCGUUUGUUUUGCGUCGUUGUUGUCGAUUGUGACACUUUGCCAAAGAUCUUGAGAAGUGGAGGCGUGGAAAUCGCGAAUAUGCUCUGCAAGAAGAAGUUUUUAGAAGGCUCAUUGAAGUCUGAUUUUGUCAAAUUCUUUGUUAGACAAUCGAUUAGUAUGAUUCCUCAUGGUGAAGAUUUGCUUGGAGGUAUUUGGUCUCCUUUUGCUUCCCAGUUGAGAAAUUCUUCAUUGCAACGCUUUCCUGCUCAGUUUUCAACCAUAGACUACAGAGAAAAAACCUACGAUGAUAGAACUAAAGCACCAUUAACUGAUUUCAAGAGUAUCAUUGACAUCUUGAAGUUUCGUGUUGCCAAUUCAGCAGAUUCAAUUGCAUUUCAAAAUAUUGACACAAAUGGCAAGAGCAGCUCUAAGCCAUUGACUUGGAAAAAGUUUGAAAUAAGAAUCUACGCUGUUUGUCAAUACUUGAUCGAAAAGACUUCUGUCAGAGCAGGCCAAUAUGUGAUAUUAAUGUACUCCCUUUCUGAGGAGUUCAUCAUUGCAUUGUAUGCUUGUCUUAUGUGCGGAAUAAUUCCCAUUCCAAUACUUCCUUUCGAUUCCAAUCGAGUAGGAGAAGAUUUUCCAGCCUUUGCAGGUGUUGUCAAGGAUUUUGAUGUUCGAGAAGUUUUUGUAAACGACGAGGUUGAGAAGUUCAUGAAGAACGGACCAGUGGCUGACGCAUUGAAAAGAUUGAAUCAUAUGAAGCCCUUGCGUAUGAAGAAUACAUCCAAAAUCACUAAGGUUUCAAAUGUUGCUAGUUUGAACUCAAAGAUUGCCAAAUACCAGGCUGAGGCAAAAUACAGAGACGAGAAUACGAUCGCCUUGACUUGGUGCAAUUUCACUUCAGACCAUUACAGAGUAGGGGCAACGCUCACUCAUAGCAACAUCAUCCAUGUUUGCAAAGUUUUCAAGGAAACUUGCAACCUCUCCUCCAAAUCCGCCAUCGUUGGUUGUGUUCGUCAUGCUUCAGGAAUUGGUUUCAUCCAAAGUGCAUUACUAGGUGUUUUCCUUGGAACCACAACAUAUCUCAGUUCGCCAGUGAAUUUUGCGGAGAAUCCCCUCGCAUUUUUCUUAGCUUUAUCACGUUAUAAAGUGAAGGAUGUUUUCGUCACAGAGCAGAUGCUAAAAUACGCCUUAUCCAAAUUCACGCCCAAGGGCUUCAACUUGGCAAGCCUAAAGAACAUGAUGAUCAGUACAGAAAAUCGUGUGGAAGUUGACCUUCUAAGGAGAAUUGCUUCAAACUUCCAGCCUACAAAGUUGAGCGCCGCAUCUAUGUCUGCUGUGUAUUACAAUUGCUUCAACCCAAUUGUUUCUACGAGGUCUUACAUGUCUGUUGCGCCAGUCGACCUUUACUUGGAUCCUAUUGCUUUGAGACAAGGAUACGUUUCAAUUGUUAACCAAGCUGAGUAUCCAAAUGCCUUGAGAAUCCAAGAUUCUGGAAUGGUGCCUGUUUGUACAGAAAUUGCAAUUGUUAACCCAGAAACACGCAAAGUUUGCAGAGAGGGAGAGUUUGGGGAGAUCUGGGUUUGCUCUGAAGCAAAUUUGGCCGGUUUCACGAAUGGACCCAAAGGUCCUCCUGACAACUUCUGUCAGAAACAGUUCUUUGGAAAGAUUGUGGAUGGAAAUCCAGAGAUGACAUACUUACGUACGGGUGAUUUGGGAUUCCUCCAUCACAUAUCGAUUUCAAGAAAUUCCAAUGUGGGCAAAGACGCACAACAAAUUACAUCAUUUCAGCCACUUUUCGUGCUCGGAAAAAUUUCCGAUACAUUCGAAAUUUUAGGACUCCACCACUUCCCAAUUGAUAUUGAGGCGACAAUUGAAUCAUGCCAUCCUGAUAUGUACAAGAAUGGUUCAUGUAUAUUCAAAUGUUCCGAGUAUACUGUCAUUGUGUGCGAGACUAAGAGAACACGAAACUUUGCAUCGCUUGUGCCGCUUAUUGUGAACACUAUCUAUAGUAAGCAUCAUCUUGUUGUUGAUAUUGUCUCAUUCAUCAAAAAGGGCGAAUUCCCAAUCUCGCGGUUGGGAACGAAGCAGAGGACAAGAAUCGUGGAUGCGUGGGCGCAAGGUGUCAUUCCACUUGCGGUACAAUACGGUGUCAACUAUGGAGAAAGUUCCAUGAUAAAACUCAUCAAGGAAAUCGAUGAGGUUGCAAGGGACAAUCCAAUUACUGGUCUUCGAAACCCUGCACAGUCUUACUACGAUAAUGUGGUAGAGAAUGUCUUUGACGAGGACGGCCCACCGCUUCACUUGAACGCCGGAGACGAGCCUUAUGGCCACAAGGCAAUGUUUGAGAUGGCCAGCCACGAAAGUGAAGAGUAA